GUAGCCGAAGCACGACCCGUGUGACUGGAAGCAGGACUCGGCAUAGAUUUUUCCUUCGUUUACUCCUCGAAGGACCGUCUCUCCUUAUUUAGGGCCGCUCCCGCGAUGUGAAUUACCCGCCUAACCCUCCCCGUGGGCUUCCAGGGAAGCACGGGCAGGCCCGCCGCCUCUCCGGUUCCCGCAGCGCUCCGCGGCCCGAUUCCUUGCGAUGCUUGCGCAACGCACGUCCCCCUGGAAAGCGAUACUGCUCCCCUAAAAUGUCCAACAGGGCCGCUCGAGUACCUUGCCAGGCAGGGACACUUCUUCGGCCUUGCUCUGCACGUGGAGGGUGAGCUUAGAAACGGGACACGCGAAAAGGCCUCCCCCUCCCCUCCACCUCCCCCCCUGGUCCUUGAGCUGGGAGAGGCUCAGCGCGUCCCACCUCUUCCUUUCGGCACCGAGGAUUUGAAUGCAGGCCUUGUCUGCGGCAAAAAUGAUGGUCCUGCUGCCCUAACGGGGCAGCGAUAGGCUGUGACAGGAGUCUGCUCUCUUGGGGUCUGGGGAUAGCUGUGGUUUCUUCCCAGGAAAAGUAACUCCCCUUGACUUCCUUGUGCCUGAGGGAGAAGGGAAUGGGGUCCCCCGGCAAGGAAGGAGUUAAAGGGCCGAAAAGGUUUGGAGGUGGGAGGGUAACAACAUAUGAAGCCUUUCAGUCAGUGUUGUGAAAAAACACAGCCUGAGGAUGGUGGAGCCGAGCUGCUCACAGUCAGAGCGUUACGGUUUGUAACAGAUUAUACCCCCGGGAAGAGGUGGCCACCAGGGAACAGCACAUUCUGCCGUAAGCACACAGACACAGGGCUCGCCGGAGAGCCUGGGCAAGCAAAGGGACGACACUUCAACUUCACCCAGCGGCGCUCUCCUCGUCAACUUUAGCCAUUGAUUUAUUUGUUGUUCUUGUUUUUUGAAAGGUCACAGUAGCUUUUCGGGAAAGUCUCCCCCUUCCCGGCCGGCUCGGGCAUGGGUACACCCGUCUGAAGUGGAAGCUCUGGGCAGAGCCUUCCCUGAGAGCCAGCUCUCCCAUCACCGUGCCUUCCUACCGCCUUUUCUGUGCCGCCGUGUCUAGUCUGACUUUUAAACCAGUCAAGUGCUAGCUCUUAAUUGGUCUAUAAUAAGAUGCUCCGUUGUAAAGAAUAAUUGCGGCGGGACAGUGUGGUGGGCACAGUGACGCGACGGUUUCACCCUUUUUCUCCUUUCAAAUUAAACCCCUUUGACGCGGGGAACUCUCGAACUCUUCAGAAAGCGGCGCGUCGGGGAGCGAGGCCCGCUGCGUGCCGUCUCCGCGACCUGGCGAGAGAGGGGAGGUGGUUCAUCUCGCUUCUGUAGAGAAGGCACUUGACCAGCCACAGAGUAUUUCAGAUCGGGCUAGCAGCUCGUCGCCUUCCUUCCUAAUUUGUUUUGAUCCCUCCAGGUGCGCGGGAAGAGCUACACACAGUUCACACGCUGAUCCGAGACCCGCGGGACCCGCUGCCCGCAGCAGCGUAGGAGCGGUGCUGAGCCACUCCCCAAAGCCAGAGUGUCGCACCGACAUCUGGGCAGCCGAAUGUCAGAUUAACCCUCAACUCAGCACUGACUUCUACGAACAACCAGUUCUGCCCGGUAGGACCCCCACUACAGCGUCUUCUCCAGCAGCAUGGUAACUUGAGCGAUUGUUUAGAGAGCAGACAGUGUCUGAUUCUCAGGCUGCUUCCCGCUUUCCGGACUUGAGCCUUCUGAAAUGCAGCAGUAUCCUCCCCCGCCCCCCCCACCUCACCCUUCCCCAGAAACCUCAUUAGCCAGCCUUGUAGUUCGUGUUUUCUCUCCCCUUGCUUUAGUUCCACUCGCCUACUGCAUUUUUGCAAGUUUGUUUCGAAAUCACUUUACCAGAGGAGCCGGGGACUCCUUAAAGAAUACUAUUUACAGACUUUUUUUCUUCCUGAAUGACAGACUCUUCCAUGCUUUCUUCCCUUUCCCCAAAAGCAUUCAAGGAAAAAGGAAAGAAAUUUUUCUGGCUCCUCAAAGACUUUUUGGGAAAGGCACGGUUUUUAACAGCCCCCGCUGAGCUAAGAGUCAAAGCUACGAGCUAAAGCUCUGCAUGCCAGGAGAGCGGGGCUGAGGGGGUUGGCAUUGGGCACCGGGAGAUCCGCAGUGCAUGCUUGGAGAGAAACCAAGCAUGCACCAACCAAGAAAGGUGAUCGGAACUGCAAUCGGCACUUUAAAGAUCAAGGUUUUUUUGUGCACGAAACAUGAAUAUGUAAACAGGUCUAUUUUACCCAGCGCAAACGUGGUAAAUCAAAUUGCAUAUAUAUGUCUGUCUGUAUCUCUGUGUGUGCUCGCCACAUCCCAGUGAAGAGUUCAAGUUACUGCCGAGCAGAACCCCUUCUGACGGACACUGUCUUAGCAAAACAGUAGACAACUGCCCUGUUUCAGAUGCGGCCCAACAAAACAGCAACCUGCAUCUCAGAGCGACAGAAGCCUGAAAUUCUGAGCUUUCCCCUUUCUGUAACUUUACUCCUUUAUCAACUCUCUGCUUUUCCUACAGUAUUCAUUUCAAAGGGGGCUCCCCCUAUUUAUGGCCCCAAAUAAACCAAAGUAGUGCAGAUGUAGCCUUCCACAGACUUUAGAUAAUCACGCGUCUGCUCGAAGGAAGAAGGGUGUGUGCAUGGUUGUUUUUUAGGAAAAGUUUUAGCCUUAGAGUGGAAAUCCGCCUUUGGGGAUUCGGGGGUGGUGGUGGAGGGGAAAAAAGGAGCAGAUGGGGUCCCUCCAGCCUCAGCCCCGGCCGAGCUGCUGGCUGCUCUCCGGUGAGGAUCGCUUUCCAGCGAUGUGCGCUGCUACAGGGCACCUCUCUCAGAAGAUACUCCCUACCUGCCUUGCUCACUUGAUCAGCGGCUCCUUGAGAUAACCGGCUCGCCAUGCCACCGCAUUACCUCUUCCUGAAGGGAGGCUAACUGAAGACACCUUUUUCCUGGGCACACGGACAGACUCCGUAGUGUUUGAACCGCUGCUGGUUCACUUGCUCUCCGUUUGAGUUAACCUAGGUCAUAUAAUUUUAUUCCCAGGUAGGGAAGGUUUCCUUUGCCUCCUCGUAAUAUUUUCCUCAGCUACAAAAGCCACCUGGAUGAAACCAAAGGAUUCCUGCGCGUUAGCAAAUGCCUGUUAAAUGGCUUCAUUACCACUCUAAUGACCCUUGCACCGCUCUGCUCGGCUACUGCUGCGGCUGGGGAUCUGCAAGGCUUUUGUCCCCGGCUUGUGUAAAGUUACUUAGGGAUUGCGGGGUUAGAAAUUUUACACUUCCAGGAGGGGUUUGUUGCACUGGCAGCUGGGACGCAUCUGUAACGGUACAAGUUUGCCUGAAAGCAGAAAAUUAGCAAGCCCAAGGCACUGCUUGACUGUCGUGUCUCUAGCAGCACCAGGUCACACGAGUAGGAGAAAGAAUGGGAAGGGGAUUUGUUUCGGAGCAAACACAUACACUUUUCUUUUGUGAAUACCUUUCCCCGUGGCCCGAUCCGACAGCACUAAAAUCUGGGUUUCCCCCCUCCUCGUCUCUCCCGGCCAUAAGUAGCUGUGCCUUUUUGUCCCCCAAUUUGUAAAUUUAAUCAGUUGGUGACACAACUUUAACUACAGGACAACGCUGUCCUCGAUAUAAAUGAACACAUCUUAGAUCUAAAAAGAAGGGUAGAUUGUUUCAGGACCUGGACCACAGACCUGGACCACGGACUGUGGGAAAUAAAGAUAUGCAAGUAGACACUGUAGAUGCUAUGGAGAUGCUCAGCGUUAAUUCCCCGAGGCAGCGUGUGAUGUGAGAUGGGAACAACGGGACGAGGAAGGACUCUGUUGGAAAUGUCGGUGGUUUGUGCACGUCCACUGCCCCCCUCUAUCUUUCCAUACCAAAACUGAAAAUUCUCAGAAUUGGUUAAAACUUCGGAGAUGUCGCAACCAGUUCUGGGGAGGUCGUUCAUUAGAAAAAUGCCCAGCUCUCGGCUCUCCAAAGGAGCGGUGCGGAGCAAAUUGUCUCCUGGGGAGUGGAGGGGGCUUGUCCAGACAGCCACCGGCAGAGGCUGUGGUGGGAUAUGCUAAUAAAGACCGGCCGCUGCAGACCAGCCUCCCUUUCCAUGUAUAUAUAAGGGCCCCCUGCAUCACCCGAAAGACACUUGGUCUUGGGUCGCUAAUUACGGAGCAAAUUGCCCCACCGCGCUGCGGAGCGCCUCGCCUAGAGCCGGUGGCUGCCGUCCCGCACUGACGCCUUUGCAGCAGGGAUGGAGGUGAUGGACAGCUGCAAGUUCUCCCCGUCCGAGCUCUUCUACGACAGCUCCUGCCUUUCCUCCCCGGAGGCCGAGUUCCCCGAGGAUUUUGAGCCCAGGGACCUGACCCCCUUCGGCGCCCACGAACGCCCCGAGCCCGCCUGCUCCGAGGAAGAGGAGCAUGUCCGAGCUCCCACUGGCCACCACCAGGCCGGUCACUGCCUCAUGUGGGCUUGCAAAGCCUGCAAAAGAAAAUCCACCACAAUGGACCGGCGGAAGGCGGCCACCAUGAGGGAGAGGAGGAGGCUGAAGAAAGUGAACCAGGCUUUUGAGACCCUGAAGAGAUGCACCACUGCCAACCCCAACCAGAGACUCCCCAAAGUAGAGAUCCUGAGAAACGCCAUCAGAUACAUCGAGAGCCUCCAGGAGCUCUUGAGGGAACAGGUAGAAAACUACUAUCACCUGCCGGGACAGAGCUGCUCCGAACCGACCAGCCCCACUUCCAGCUGCUCCGAUGGGAUGGCCGACUGCGGCAGCCCCGUCUGGUCGGCGAGAGGCAGCAGCUUCGACGCGGUCUACUGCUCCGAGAUGGCCCACGCGUACGCCGCCGAUCAGAGCAGCUCCCUGUCCAGCCUGGACUGCCUCUCCAGCAUCGUGGACCGUCUCUCCCCGGGGGAGGAACCAGGGCUGCCCCUCCGCGACGCCGACUCUCUCUCGCCCAGCGCCAGCAUCGACUCGGGGCCGGGGACGCCCGGGACGCCGCCGCCCCGACGGACCUACCAGGCGCUAUGAGGGGCCAGAAGGGCCGGCACCCCGCGCCUGCUGCCGCAGCCGGGGCUUCUGCCCGCCCGCCGGCGUCGCCCCCGCGCCCAGCCGCCUCCUGCAAAUGCUUCUCGGGCGAGAGGGGCAGCCCCGGUGCCCCUUGGGCCGCCGUCUCUCUCUGGGGCUGAAGGCAAAGCGUCCUUCCGGGCCCCGGCCCGGGAUAUCCCUGAGGCAGGCAGACCCCGGGCUCGGGACACACGCACUACCCUGGAAACCCCGCUGCAAAUAAAAACGUGCUGUGAGA